CAAGUUAACGUGUCAACCAUCUUAGUAUAAAUACUACAACAUGAUACUAUCAAGCACGCUACAAAUCUGUGGACUCAUUGACAGUUCAAGCAGGUUUUUCUAGUUAAUUUACUUUUUAUUUAUAAAUAAAUUUGGAUAUAACUUAUUGAAAAUGAGGGAAUGUAUCAGUUUACACGUUGGACAAGCUGGAGUCCAGAUGGGCAAUGCUUGCUGGGAGUUGUACUGUAUGGAACAUGGUAUCCAACCUGAUGGUCAGAUGCCUUCCGACAAGACCACCGGAAAGGCAGAUGACACCUUCAGUACAUUCUUUAGUGAAACAGGUUCCGGUAAACAUGUUCCAAGGGCCAUAUUUGUUGAUCUUGAGCCCACCGUUGUUGACGAAGUCAGAACUGGACCGUAUCGUCAGCUUUACCAUCCAGAACAACUCAUCACAGGCAAGGAAGACGCUGCCAAUAAUUAUGCAAGGGGGCACUAUACUGUUGGAAAAGAAUUAAUUGAUUCUGUCGUUGAUCGCAUAAGAAAGCUUUCCGACCAAUGCACAGGAUUGCAAGGAUUUUUAGUUUUCCAUAGCUUCGGUGGAGGAACUGGUUCUGGCUUUACCUCCUUACUACUGGAACACCUCUCAAUGGACUUUGGUAAGAAGUCAAAGUUGGAAUUUGCCAUCUAUCCGUCACCUAAAGUAGCCACAGCUGUUGUGGAACCUUAUAAUUCUGUUCUCACAACCCAUACAACACUUGAACAUUCCGACUGUGCCUUUAUGGUAGACAAUGAAGCUAUAUUUGACAUAUGCAAGCGUAACUUGGACAUAGAUAGGCCAUCGUAUAUCAAUUUGAACCGUUUAGUUGCCCAAAUUGUAAGUUCGAUAACGGCUUCUCUAAGAUUUGAUGGAGCACUUAAUGUUGACCUCAACGAGUUCCAGACUAAUCUGGUACCAUAUCCCAGAAUUCAUUUCCCAUUGGCUACAUACGCUCCAAUCAUCUCUGCUGAAAAGGCUUAUAAUGAGGUUUUAUCGAUAUCCCAGAUCACAAAUUCUUGCUUUGAAUCUGCAAACCAAAUGGUAAAAUGCGAUCCCCGAAAUGGAAAAUACAUGUGCGUAUGUCUGCUUUACCGAGGAGACGUGGUACCGAAAGAUAUAAAUGUCGCCAUUUCUGCGAUAAAAACAAAGCGGUCUAUUCAGUUUGUCGACUGGUGUCCGACUGGGUUUAAAGUUGGAAUAAACUACCAGCCACCCACAGUUGUUCCAGGAGGGGAUCUUGCAAAGGUGCAACGUGCUGUUUGUAUGUUGAGCAAUACAACCGCAAUUGCCGAAGCGUGGGCUCGUUUGGACCACAAAUUCGAUCUUAUGUUCCAGAAACGAGCAUUUGUUCAUUGGUAUGUAGGUGAAGGAAUGGAAGAAGGGGAAUUCGCUGAGGCACGUGAGGACCUCGCGUCUUUAGAAAAAGAUUAUGAAGAAGUUGGCAUGGACUCUGGAGAAGCCGAAGAAGAAGAAGAAGAAUAUUGAAACGUGUUUUCUAUAAAUUUGAUACUUAUAUAUUAAAAUAUGUUAUGAAAAUAAAACUUUAUAUAAUA